AUGCAGAAGCUAUUCAGCAUGAGUGAUCUUGGUCUUUUAACUUAUUACUUGGUAAUUAAGGUUAAGCAAAAUGAUGACAUGAUCACAUUGUGCCAAAGCAGCUAUGUGUACAAAAUAUUGAAGCUUUCUGGCAUGGCUGACUGUAUUGCUAGUCGGUACAUGGAGGCACCUACGAUGCAGCAUAUGGCAGCCGUCAAAAACAUACUGAGAUACGUGAAUGGCACAGCCGAUUUUGGGUGUUACUACAAGAGGCACAUCAAGCCGGAGCUCGAGUUGGUCGGGUUUAGUGACAGCGACUUGGUCGGCAACUUAGAUGACCGCAAGAGCACCAUUGGAAUGGUGUUCUUCCUUGGUGCAAGCCUCAUCACAUGGGCAUCACGGAAGCAGAAAAUUGUUGCGUUUUCAUCGUGUGAGGCUGAAUACAUUACAGCGGCGACGGCGGCAUGUCAAGGAAUGUAG